AUGAAGCAUUUUCUUCUUCUUUUUCUUCUCGGGAUUACUGUAGUCUCUGGUAUUAUUCGGCCAGGUGGAGGUGGAUGGGAUUACGGUGGCGGUGGAGGUGGUGGAGGACAUCAUCACUCCCAUUCAUCUUCUGAAGAGCAUGGAUACGGUGGUGGACACCACGGGCCACGCCCCCCUAGGCCACGCCCACCACGCCCACCACGCCCGGCAAGAUGCCCAUCCGACUGGAUGACUUUCGAUAGAACUGCAGGAACUUGGUGUGUGAAGGUGUUCUUCGGACAACUGACGCAAUGGGAUGCAGAGAGUCAGUGUCAAACUCAUGGAGCUACACUGACAGGGUUACAAGAUGCUAAUGAGAGGAUGCAGGUGGCUGACGCCGGUCGUAUCGUCAACAACCAGAACGGUGGUGGUUUCGGAGAAGUUUGGCUGGGUGCCACCCGGAAAACUGGUUGUAACAGAAGAACUGAUUGCGCCCCGAAUGACACUUUCCAAUGGACGGAUGAUCAUACCACAGGGACAGCCGGAUUCUAUUAUCCAGGCUUAGAACCAAAUGCUGUCGUAUGGACUAAUUGGGGCAACCAAAACUGUCUGGAACUCCACGUGUCAGUGUCUUCGGGUGCUCGUGCAAGAUAUGGAUACAGUCACGGGGAUCUGGAUGAUCAGCACUGUCAACAGACGGAAGUCAGGAUGUAUGCUUGUGGAAAAAGUCCCGAAUAA